AUGGCCCAACAUGAUUCAGACGAGGAUGAUCAACCACGAAUGAUUUUGGACCGUCGUGGGGAUUUCACAAUCAUCAACAGUGAGCCACAGACAAGAUUCAAGAUUGGCGAGCUCGCUGCUCUCGGAGCACAAAUGGCUGGUGGUGUUUUGGCCGUUCGACCCAUACCGAAUCCGCAAUCUGUCGCCCAUGCCAAAGACGCGAUGGGUAAUGGAGAAGCUGGCGUUUGGACAGGAACCGCCUUCAACGCUCCAGCGACCCUCUCUCCCCAAUCGAUAUUCGCAUCCCGCCGCAUCAACACACUCAACGACCACAUCAAUCCCGAGCGCUUCAUGAUCCGGCGUAGGUAUUCCCCGGGGCUGGCAGGCCUGAAGACCAUGGCCGUAUUUACGGACGGCGCGUGCGCUUCAAAUGGUCUCGCCACGCCCAAGGGUGGCUUCGCCUUCUCAGCCAGCGACGCAACGGACGGAUUGCACGCCCAGCGGCUUGAGGAUACAGGCCCCACCGACACUGCGCACACCGCUACAAACAACAGAGCUGAGCUCCGCGCCGUCAUCGGCUUUCUCGAGUGCCGUUCAUGGUGGGGGGAAGGCUGGACCCGCAUCGUGGUAAUGACUGACUCUGAGUAUGUGGCCAAAGGAGCAACAGUCUGGAUACGAAAAUGGGCCUCCAAUGAUUGGAAGACCGCCGCUGGUAAGCCUGUCGCGAAUCGCGACCUCUAG